AUGGGUCCGACCGCCCCAAACUCCCCGAACUUCCAGCUCCAGCUCCAUCACUCCUCUUCAAUCAUCCACCCGGCAACCAUGUACCUCCUCACUCUCCUAGGAGCAAUCUCGCUCCUAAUCGCAUCCGUCAUCGCCGACACCUCAGAUAUCCUAUACUGGCCCGUUGGAUCCGCGCAACCUUCUCUCCUGGCGCGCGUCACAUACGACCCGACCACACUCACCUCUGAACUGGUAUCAUACCACCAGCCCUCAACCUCUGGCGACGAUCUCGUUCGCAUCGGCCUCUACAAAUCAAACCCCUCAAACCCGAAACAAUGGACCGGUAGUCUUGUCUCAAUGUCCGUGCUGAUUGGCGAUGACGCCCAGCCCACUUUCCGUCUUCACCUCGGUCCUGCGAAUGAUAUUUACCACGUUUCUUUGGCUGCUUCUGCGUCUACGAUUACGAAGGAUGUUUCUGGGCCUCAGGUGCAAUUGGUUGUUGCUGAACAGGGUACUCAGCCUCAUCUUAAUCGGCCGGUGGUGGUUGGACCUGAUGGAGCUAACCCGGAGGAGGUACCGGAGAAGAGCUUUUUGCAGAAGUAUUGGUGGGUGCUUUUGAUUCUUACUUUCUUGACUAUGUCUGGCGGUGGUGGCGGUGGAGAAUAG